GAAGUGAUCAUACAAAAAAGUUAACUUCUUCCUGCUGUUAGUUUUGUUUCAUCAGCCACGUUCAUUGUACAGCACAUUUCCACUCACUGGAGUUUCUGUCCCCCAGUGCUUCGAAAUGAUGGGAGACUGUGUGACCGAGUACUCAGAGCGGCUUAAGAAGCAGGAGCGAGAGAUCCAGAGCCUCUCUGCAGAGAUCGAGUGUCUAAAGAACCCCCAGAAACCGAAUCCAUCUUCACGUCUGGAUGACCUGCAGGAGGAAAAUGCCAGACUCCGUUAUCGCCUCAACAUCCUCAAGAGGAGUCUUCAGGAGGAGACCCCUUACGAUGGGACCUCCAUGCUGAACAUCAACCAGCGGCUCCAGGAAAUUUUUGGCACAGCCAUCCGAGCUUCGUGCCCGGAACUGGACAGCCCACCACUGGCCGUCACACCCAACCAGCAGGCCAAGUUUGGGGACUACCAGUGUAACAGCGCCAUGGCCAUGGCCCAGAUGCUGAAAGCAAAAGGCAUGAAGGUCAACCCGAGGGAGAUUGCUGAGAAGAUUGUUCAGAACCUGCCGGACAACGAACUUAUCCAGAAAACCGAAAUCGCAGGACCAGGCUUCAUCAACAUCCACCUGAAGAAAGCGUUUGUGUCCAAACUGUUAAGCAACCUGCUGGUCAACGGUGUGCAGCCGCCCCCACUGGCCUGCAUAAAGAGGGUGGUGGUGGAUUUUUCAUCCCCCAACAUCGCCAAAGAGAUGCACGUAGGACACCUGCGCUCCACCAUCAUCGGGGAAAGCAUGUCUCGACUGUUUGAGUUCCUGGGCUACGACGUGGUCAGGUUGAACCACGUGGGGGAUUGGGGAACCCAGUUUGGUAUGCUCAUUGCACACCUCCAGGAUAAAUUCCCAAACUACCUGACGGUGUCGCCGCCCAUCGGGGACCUGCAGGCCUUCUACAAGGAGUCAAAGAAGCGUUUUGAUGAGGAGGAGGACUUCAAGAAGCGAGCGUAUCAGUGUGUGGUCCGGCUGCAGAGCAAAGAAGCCAACUUCAUCAAAGCCUGGAACCUCAUCUGUGACGUCUCCAGGAAAGAGUUCCAGAAGGUUUACGACUGCCUGGAUGUCCACAUCACAGAGAGAGGGGAGUCUUACUACCAGGACAUGAUGGUGAAUGUGGUGAAGGAGUUUGAGGAGAAAGGCUUAGUCCAGAUGGACGAGGGUCGCAAGAUUGUCUUCGCCCCGGGUCAGUCUAUCCCGCUCACCGUCGUCAAGUCGGACGGCGGGUACACCUACGACACAUCGGACCUCGCCGCAAUACGCCAGCGCAUCUUCGACGAGAAGGCCGACAUCAUCAUCUACGUGACGGACAGUGGGCAGGCCAUGCACUUCCAGGUGGUGUUUGCUGCCGCCAGGAUGAUCGGCUGGUAUGACCCCCACGUGACCCGGGUGGAGCAUGCAGGCUUUGGAGUGGUGCUAGGCGAAGACAAGAAGAAGUUUAAGACCCGUUCCGGGGACACGGUGAGGCUAAUGGACCUGCUGGAGGAGGGACUGAGGAGAUCUAUGGACAAACUUAAAGAGAAGGAGCGAGACAAGGUUCUGACCCCGGAGGAGCUGACGAAAGCUCAGAGGUCGGUUGCAUUCGGAUGCAUCAAGUACGCCGACCUCUGCCACAACCGCAUCAACGACUACAUCUUCUCCUUCGACAAGAUGCUGGAUGACCGCGGCAACACGGCGGCGUACCUCCUCUACGCCUUCACUCGCAUCAGGUCCAUCGCCCGCUUAGCCAACAUUGAUGAGGCCACGCUGAGGAAAGCGGCCCAGACCACCGAGGUCCUGCUGGACCACGAGAAGGAGUGGAAGCUGGGCAAGUGCAUCCUUCGCUUUCCGGAGAUCCUGCAGAAGAUCCUGGACGACUUGUUGCUACACACGCUCUGCGACUACCUGUAUGAAUUGGCUACCACCUUCACCGAGUUCUACGACAGCUGCUACUGCGUGGAGAAGGACCGGCAGACAGGUGAGGUGGUGAAGGUCAACAUGUGGAGGAUGCUGCUCUGCGAUGCGACAGCGACCGUCAUGGCCAAAGGUUUUGACAUCCUGGGCAUCAACCCCGUCCAGAGGAUGUGAGGUCACGGCGAGCCCCCGCUACACAUGGGAUUUUGAACUUUUUUAAUUAAAAAGCUACAAUGAAACAAGCCCCACCUCUUCUUGAAGACUGUUUCCCCUCCCCUCAGCUUGCCUAUUUAACUAUUUCAGGUUCCAAACCACUACCCACCUGUCCUCACAUGGGACUCCUCAAGGCUGUCUUUACCCAGAAGGUGGCUUUGCGCCCACGUCAUCAUCAUGGAGAGCAUGAUGUAGAUCUCUACUCUUCAGUUUUACACGGCGAGUGUUUCUUCUUUGGUGUAUUUUGUGUUGGGCACCUUAGCUACCUGGUCUUCGGCAGCCAAAUCUAGUUUUUGAGACGGUGUAUGUUAACAUAAAAAUAUUAGCAUAAAUAGCUAAAGUCUAAAAGUUACAUUGUUGGCCAAGCAAACACAUGCUAGCAUAAAUAGCUGGAUACGUACCUGUACUGACCAUUAGCAUGCUAACAUGCUAAUUUGGCACACAUAGCUGGAUUAUUAACAUACCGCAGACACAGAAAGGCAUGCCGUAACAUUCAAAUACUAGAUACGUUAAAAGUGAAGUUAAUGGAAACAACAUGCUAAUUGUUCAUGUUAAUUGACGUAUCGUCGAGUUUCUCUUGAAAUAUUAACACACAUUAGCGUUAGCAUACGCAGCUGGAAUAAAAAAACAUUCACAUGAAGUUAUUAAUAGACAACAACGACAACAAAAACAAAGAUAAAUCUAGUCUUUCUUUGUCAGCAUAGGCGGGUAAUUAGCGGUAGUUGGCAUAGUGGCAGGAAUAUGACAUAGACCGUCCGUCAAACAACUAAAAAUGCACGCACUAGUUUUCUCAAGAUGAAUGCAUUCGGCCUUUGGUGAAAGUGGGUUAUGACACAUUUUUGGCCAGGCCCAAGGGAGCGGUCUAAAAUGUCACUUCAAGUUGUUUUAGCGCCAUACGGAAGUAAUGAACACGUAGCGAGAUUUAUUAAAAAGGUGCCUGUAGGCCUCGUCUAUGCUCCUGUUAUUUGUCAUUUGCAUAAAUGACUCCUUCCUUUAAAAUCCCGGUUAGACGGGGCUCUGCCGUCCUCGCCGCACUGAAAGUGUUUUUUACUCCCCGCGCUGUUGAGUUUUUAAUCUCUUGUCGAGAUUAAAUCGCUUGAUCUCAGAUCAAUGAGGAAGAUAUGGAAAUAUAUGCAAAUUAGACACGAACGAGCGUCUAAAGAGUGAAAAAAGGUGCACGUUGCUUCUUGUCAAUGCAAGGUUUAUCAAUCUGCAGCGCCAGUCACAGAAGACAGGACGCAGAUUAUCAGAGAAAAAAACUCUUUAAUCAAGUACACUUUGUUGAAAGCAUUGAUUUAAAUAUCUGAUAUUUAUAGUUGAAUUAAAUAGAGUGGAACAAUUAUGACAAUUCCGAUGCACCUUUUGUAAUAACCUCUCUGAGAUGCGUCCAAAAUUGUCUUUGGCGCCACCCUGUGGAGAGGUAGAUAUAGCUACGGCGCCUCCUUCCGCCUGGG